UUGGAAUUGUUGCCUCAGGUAGUAAAUUUACAAGUUGUCAGAAGUUUGAAUCGCCUUGGGAGCGGAACCCGAAGUAAGGAGAGCGGAGGCAAAGGGGACCACGUGGCGACCUGGGCCCUACUGCCAAGGCUUACUUAGCUGAUUGGCUAGACAGAGCUCCGUACUGUGAGCAUCAUCAGAUCUAGGUCCUGGCAGCAGGAUUUUGAAAUUGGUACAGGAACUGAUCCCGAAGAUCAUACCUCAAGGACCUUGCUCUACCUCCUGCCAAUUGCCCUUAUGCUUUUGGUACCUGAAGGAGUUUUACCUAGACUGUCUGGCUAUUUCAUUGCCAGCCCCACCAUCCUGGGACAAGAAGUCAUGAUCAGACAGAAGGUACUUCUGAAAGAGCUCCAAAACCAUCUGGAAUUCCUUGUGGGCUGCUCAGUCUGUGCCAAGCAAAUGAAUGAAACAACAUAUAUAUGGCAAAUCAUAGAUCACCACUGUUCUGGGGAGAUCCUCCUGGCAAGAGUCAAAGGAACUCCUCCACAUCAAGGGUGGAGGAAGGUCCGACGUAGGCCUAUCUUCCCUAACCCUAGACGCUAUGAAGAAUGCCACUACUACAGACCUGGGAUAGGCUGCAGGAGACAUAACCAGUGCACACUUGCCAGCAGCCCAGAGGAAGCACUGGUUUGGACUUUUGAGAGGCAGAACUGUAUCCCCAGGCUGUGGCUAAAAGCAAGAGUGCAAAAAAGCUGGCACUGCCAGAAUCCCAAGAACCAAAGAACAGUCGAGAAAAUUUGGGCAGAAUUUGGAGGCUACUUUCAGGAAAUUUGUAAGGCUUGCUUUGAGAGCUGUCCUCAACGGGUGACACUCAGGGCUCCAAACCUGAUGUGCCCAGAGCAUUUGUCUUCUGGCUCCAUUCUGGUACAUAGAACAAGUGAAGACCAGAUGGUGGAGAUCAGGCCCAAACCCCGCAGGCGACGUCUCUUACUAGAAUAUUGUAUGGUUGUAUCUAAAGGGAAGCCAUGUCAGUAUGGGGCCACCAACUGCAUAUAUGCUCAUAGUGACGUAGAGAUGGCAGUGUGGGAAGCUGAGACUAUGGACUACCUGUUUCGCCCUGACUUGAUUCAAGCCAGAAUAGAAUCUGAAGGAAGAGCUGGAACCAGUGGUGAGGAUAGUGCUGAUGUGAGCCCAGUCUUUCCACCUCAAAUUGAACUGUACUGCCAGACCUGCCAUGUGACUUUCAGCUCUAAAGAGAGUCUCAAGAAGCAUUGCUCCUCCCUAGAGCAUAUACAGAGAGUGUCCUAUGACAAGGGGGCCUUAUGGGAAUAUCAGCCCCCCACCAUUGGAGUCAGUGAAUUCAAACUGUGCCCCAGGCAGGAUAUGUGUCCAUACAAAGAUGGAUGUGCCAAGGCACACUCCCUAGGAGAGCUACAGGAAUGGAUUCUUCGGGCACAGACAGUCCAGAUGAGGGAGGACUUAGCCUGGAAGCAUGGAUUCUUUUUUUCCCAGGACUGGCUUUUUCAUGAAUAUCAGGACAGUGGCACUGAUGUGUUGUUGAGAAAAAGGUCUGUAGGUGAUAUAAACAUGUACUGUAGCCAGCCCCUACAGUGCCAGGAAGAGGACAAGAAAUCACACUGCAGUUGGAAAUUUAUCAUCCACUCCAAGAAUCGACAACCACUGAGAUGUGUGGCUCUCCUCAAACAUCACAUGGGAGCAGUGUUCUUCUUGGUGGGUCCUGGGCUUCCACCAGGACAGGCUUAUGCCCAAGGUUCUAGGUUCCGGGUAUAUGGUGCUGCAGUGAUGACCUUCCAUGUGGAAGUGCAUGUGGAAUGUGUCACCUCUGGCAGUUAUGAUCAGUGGGUGACCUUUGCCUUUGAACGUGGACCUUUGCUGGUACAGAAGCUACGCCUGCAGGUGGCCCCUGAGAUCUUGCCCACCUGUGUCCAGAACCAUGAUUGUCUUCUGGAAAUGACUCACUGGCACAGUGGGAAUCGCUGUGUGGUACCCAGUGUGGCCAGGACAGCUGAGCAAGUAAAACUUCUAGCCAAGUACAAUGUGAGCUCCCAGGAACUGGGCUACUACAAGUUGAUGACUGCAGCCCAGAUUCCUAUAACUCAAGCCAACUAUCGGGACAGGAUGCACCAAUUCUUGUUUGUGGAGGAGGAGGCUCAACAACAACUGGUGGACAGACUGAACCUUCAGGUGCACGGCACAUUGAUCUCCAAGGUGCAGACCUUGGCAAUGGGCAUGAAGUUUGACAUACAAGGGAAAGUGUAUGUCAAGGGACAAAUUCCUUGCUCCCUGACACCAGACACAGACCAUGGCUUCUUGCUAAGCAGGGCCAUUAACACUGCUUAUAUCUCACCUAUCCCUUCCCCUGACAACCGUGUGUAUGAGAUUCAGGUGAAGGCCAAUAUCACUUCAGAGCGAAAUGUAUGGCUUCUUCUGCCAGCUCAUUGCUGGUCCUCUUUGUGGCUUGAGAUUAGAGAUUCCCAGCUUCUGGAAAUCCAGUUCCAGAUUGACAGGAUGGUAUUUGGGAUGUGGCACCAAGCCAUUGAUGCACUUUAUGAUGAGAGAGUGGUCAUACCUAACAUACCUGCCUGUUCUCUGCCUUCUUUGAUGCUGCCUACCCAGGAAAUAUCUUGUAAUGAAAAACAGAAGCAGGCCAUCUCCUAUAUCACGGGCACAGCCAGUGAGAAGACCCAAGUGCCUCCACUGCUCAUUUGUGGCUCAUUUGGGACAGGAAAGACAUACACACUAGCCUGGGCUUCCCUAGAAGUGAUCAAACAACCAAAUACCAAGGUGUUGAUCUGUACCUACACGAACAGUGCUGCUGAUGUCUACAUUCGGGAAUACUUUCAUUCCUAUGCCACAGCUGGACACACUGAGGCUGUGCCUCUGAGAGUCAAACACUCUGAGAGCUUGCUCCAUGAGACAGAUCUAACCACACUGCAGUAUUGCUGCCUCUCAGAAGAUGGGAGUUCCUUCCGCUUUCCAACACAGGAUGAGCUUGAGCAGCACCCCAUUAUUGUCACUACAACCACCUUAUCCCACAAUCUUCGCGUGCCACCUGGCUUUUUUUCCCACAUCCUCAUUGAUGAAGCUGAUCAGAUGUUAGAGUGGGAAGCCAUAAUGCCCCUAGCCUAUGCCACCCAAGGUACACGCAUUGCCCUGGCUGGGGACCACUUGCAAAGGACCCCCACACUCUUUAACGUAAGGGACAGAAAAUCUGCUGACUAUUCACUUUUCAACCGGCUGUUCCAGUACUACGAGCAGGAGACUCACAAAUUGGCUUCUCAGUGCAAGAUCAUCUUCCAUAAAAAUUACCGUACCACCAAAGCCAUCAUUCCCUUUCUGCUUCACAAUUUCUAUGGGUCCAGCAAAAUCCAUGUUGAAGAUAGUGGAAUUCCUGAACAUCCCUGGCAGUAUCCACUUAUGCUUUGCUAUAUGCCUGGGACUCCUGAGAGAGAUAUCUCAAUGACAUCAUGGUUAAACAAGGCUGAAAUAGUGGGAGUCAUUAAGAGGGUACAGGAAUUCUAUCAUGGCUGGGUUUGCCAAUGGGGCAGCCCUGAUCAAAAGCAAAUUUGUGUUGUGUCCAGUGGUUCUCAGGUACAAAGACUGAGGGAAGAACUGAGGAAGAAGCAGUUGGGAGAAGUGGUAGUAGAGAAUGCUGAAAAUGUACCUGGUCGUGAGUUCCGAGUAGUCAUCAUCAGCACAGUACAUACCCAGGAUAGCCUGCUCAGCAACUCAGCAACCCAUCUGGAAUUCUUCAAUGAGCCCCAACUACUAAACACAGUGAUGACCAGGGCUCAGUCACAGCUGGUUGUUGUGGGUGAUCCCAUGGCCCUAUGUUCCUUUGGACAUUGCAAAGAAAUAUGGAAGGACUUCAUUCUAAAGACCUUUGAGCAAGGCAAUGUUUUUCCUGCAUUCCUCAAAAAGACAGAUGUGGAGCAAAGUUCCUUGCUGUGCCUGGCCUGGCAAAACAGACUGAUCUCUGGUGCAGCAGCCAGGGAGGACUUCUUAAAGGAGGAAGAGGAUAACCAUAAUGUCACUACCUCCCUGGGUGUUUGAUGCUGAAUUCAUUGGUGUUGACCUUAUACUGUAGGAGCUUCUAGAAGAAGAAAAGAACAUAUCUUAGAACUAGUGGCAUUUGCUGCUGGGUUUGAUAUUCUAUCAACGACCUUCUCUCCAUUAUAACAGUAUUUAAGCUUUCCUGCAUCAGUGUUGAAGAAAUAUCUACUCAUCCAGUCCAAGAGAGAACCUACAGGAGCUAUGAACUGAUUAAAUUAGCCUUACAUGUUGCCAGAAAUAGCUUAGAGGUUUAGAUAAUGGCAGGAAAUUCAGCUCUUUGUAAAUCCAAGAAUGACAUAUAUAGUAUGUUAAAUGUUGUUACUGGGUUAUAACAGACUAAGACUUAUUACUAAAUAUUGUUUUCAUACUUGCAGCUUUGCUGGCCUAAAUUUGUCCAAUGUAGCCAUCACUACAGCCACUCGGAGUCAAGACUUAACCUGACCACCUUUAACAACUGAGUCUUCAAUAACUGGAAGCACCUGUGUGUACAAAUACUGGCUUAACUAAAAGAGUUGGAUGUGGGUCAGCUAUGUGUCUCAGUGGAUAAAAAGGUAGGCCCAGAGACAGGAAGUCCUGGGUUCAAACCUUCAGACAUUUUGUAGUUGUGUGACCCUGGGCAAGGCACUUAACCCCCAUUGCCUUGCUCUUAUCACUCUGCUACCUUAGAACCAAUACAUAAUACUGAUUCUAAGAAAGAAGCAUUAAAAGAGUUGGAUGUGCAUAAGCAAUAGAUUUUCUCUGUCCUCAAAGUACCUCUUUGGAUGUACCAAUAAGAUCUAAAUCAUAAAUAUUCUGGAAACAUCUACAAAAGACAAGUUUACAAUAAAAUGCACAUUGUAAAUACAAAUAGGCUGGUUUUGUUUGGCUUUUUUCAUUUUCUGGAAAAGCUGGAAUUCAAAGUUGCCAUCAGUGUCUGCUCAGAUCUUUUGUUGGGGAAAGUUGGCAUUUUGUACAUUUUUGUAUAUUGUGGUAUGUUAUUUCUACCAGCAACUGUGGGUCUUUUUAUUUAAAAUCUUAAAAACCUGUUCAUAGCCAACAUCUCUGGGUUAUUAAGGAUUUCUAAAUUCAAGUUCAAUGAAAAACAUACUACUUUAUAUUGCCAGAUCCAGAGAUGGACUAGACUUCAAAUAAAUUCAUUAAGGGGACUCAUUCUUUAAAUCCAGUUCCAUGUAACAAACUGAUUAAACUUUUCAGUGCCAACCAC